AUGCUGGUACGCUCAGCAUGGACCUGGAUUGUCCUCAUUGCAUCGUGGGCUAGCAUUGUCGCCAGCAAGAGCCCUUCGGUUUGCUACGAGAUGAUAGCCGCCUACCACGUUUACAAUAUCGCCUGGCAGUACAAGGGUGCAGACCAACGGUACAUCUAUCCUCACCUCGAUCCUAACCCCACGGAUGACGAGGAUGAAAGGAAGAAAAAACUAUAUAAUGCGUCUUACAGGAGCAAGGGACAUCGAGGAAGCCUAGCCAACGGCAAGAUGACCUGGGAAGAAUUCUGUGUGGCUUGGAUCAAGGACAACAAGAUAACCCCCGACAAGAUUCCGCGACUGGAUCUGAACAACAUCGAGGCAACGGCCGGUGCGCUUAAAAAGGUGAAGGAGCCGAGCAUGGUGCCGGUCCACCUCGCAUCAGGCAUACCGAGGAUCGAGCCGGAGAAAGGCAAGAAGGACACGAACUUGAAAUAUCCUGAAUUGCUCGAGCAAUGGUCGGAUAUGAUUGUGGAAGCCCGAGAGCGUGUCCCUCUAGAAACCAUCGAGAAAGAUUUGAAAGCCAUAACCCUCGCGAGCGAGAAGGCCAGGAUUUUCCGACUAAUCGAGUUUCGCCAGAAAAAAUAUCUCGGUGACGACCUGAAAAGGGUCUUCCCCGGUAUGAGCGUCUUCGGCACGACUGUCCAUGUUCCCGAGUUCUCCCUAAAUUUCGCGGUUGUUGAUGUACCGCUCACUCUCAACGCCCGGAUCAACAGGCGUAACAUGCCAGACAUCUUGGAAAAAGCCCUUGGGUGGCACCAACUGCCUUUUGAUCCUAUCGACUGGCGGGAGAGGUUCAUGUUACUGGCAGAUGAGUAUGGGCGGGAGCCAGUCGAACGGAAUGCAAAAACGCUCAAGCAGAUGAGUGCCGAAGAAAGAAAGGCACGAUAUUUGGCAAUAAGCCAUCGCACGAUCUUGGAGGUUAUAAAGUCCCUCGGUGAGACGGCACGGGAUACUCCUGGGUGCCGUGGGAAGGUUGGCAGUAUGUGGUAA